AUGAAAACCACUAAUUUCACGAGUGCCAGCUUCCUGCGCCCACCCCCGAAGCUCGCCAUCGUGCCCACCCCCACACCACCGGUGUCCGCCCCUUGUGCCCACACUCUUUUCUCGCGCACGGUGACCACCCCCUUGUCUCCGCUUCCUGUACCCUCCAAGUACGCUGUUAAACGCACACAAAUACCAUUGGUUUGUACGCGGAGUGAAUUACCGUGGCAGCCACUACCUGUGGCCGCCUCGCUCCCUGGUUCUCUGGGUUGUGACGAUCUUAACACGGUGGCAAAUGCUUAA